UGUACAGCUUAUUAUUAUCUCUACCCAGAAAAAUUCCUGAGAGAGAAUAAUGGGUGUGGACAUACAGGGAAAGCUUCGUCUUGCUCUUGGGUCUGUUAAGGACCAUGCCUCCAUUGGAAAGGCUUUGAUCAUGUAUCACCAUCAACAAGACGGCUUCUCCAGCAUAGAGAUCGCAGUUUUGCGAGCCACAGGUCAUGAUAAUGGCACCAUUGAUGACAAAUACAUGCAUGAGAUUCUCUUCCUUGUCUCAAACUCUCCAGGUUCAAUCCCUUUUCUAGCCGAGAAAAUCUCUCGCCGCCUUAACAAGACCAAGGACCGCCUUGUCGCCCUCAAGACCCUCGUCCUUAUCCACCGUCUUCUUCGUGGAGGUAACCGGAGCUUCGAGCAAGAACUAUGCAAAGCCCAUGUCUCAGGCCAUCUGCAAAUAAGCGCGAGGUGUUUCACAAAGAACGGCUCAUCACCGUCAUCAUCAUCAGACCAUCCCUGUGUUUGUUUUCUGCAUAAAUAUGCUUCUUAUCUUGAAGAGAGGAUGAAGUGGCUGAUAAACCAAGCAGGGAAGCUAGAACCGAUUAUGUCAAAAGGAUUAGAAUUUAGGAGAUACGAUGAGAAAUCCAUUGAUAUGGUAUUUAGAACGUUGCCAAAGUGUCAGGUUCUGAUUGAUAAGGUAUUGGACUGUUCUCCAGUUGGUGAUGUUUUAGCUUAUGAUAGCUUGGCUCAAACUGCUAUGAGCAAUACUUUAAGAGAAAGCUUCCAAGUUUACAAAACUUUCAGUGAAGGCGUUUCAGCUCUUGUGAACAUGUUCUUUGAUUUAACAGCUUCAGCAAGAGGCUUGGCAUGUGAGAUACUCAAGAAAGCUUCCAUACAGAGCGAGAGGCUUCAUGAAUUGUACCAGAACUGCAAGAAGAUAGUGGAAAACAAGAACCUGGAAUACCCCCGUGUUCAUAUUAUCAGUAUGGAUCAUAUAAUGGCAGUAGAUCGAUGCUUAAGAGGAGGAGGAAGUAGCAUAUCAAAGCCUCCACUUGCUCCUAUUUUGGACCAUUUGAGAAGAUCAACUGAGUUGGAAAUGGCAGUAACAACAGAAAAAGCAACAAGGAAGAAGAAAGUUCAUAAAGAAGACAAGAUUGAUAUAAACCUGUCAUCAACCCUCUUCUCUUGGACAGUACUAGAGACCAAGAUAAGCAAGGUCUGGGUUGUGUUUGAAGAUGAACCUCCCAAUAAUAAUGAAUCAUCACCACAAGUGCUUGAAGCUGCUCAGUCAAAAUUUGGGGAUAUAAUGAAGAGUGAGUAUAGUUCUAGUUCUUGUGUGUUGCUAAACCCAUUUUGAUCAUCUGGUAUUGAUAGAAAAGGUACAAAACAUGCCUGAUCAUAUCAAGUAACUAGCUACGUUGAUGAGUUGUUUCAUUUAGAUAUAUAGUUUUGGUGAGGUUAUGACAUAUACUGUUAAUUGUUUUCUUUGUUGUAUAAGUUUUGAGCAAAGUACUGUUCUUGAUAUAUAUAUAUAUAUCUGUGAUUG